AUUGUUUUCUUGCAAUCAUAGAAUCAUUAAGGUUGGAAAAGACCACUAAGAUCAUCUAAUCCAACCAUCAACCCUUCACCAACAUGUCCUCUAACCCAUGUCUCUCAGUGCCACAUCUGCAUGUUUCUUGAACACAGUGCUCAAACCAUUGAAAUGCCCACAUCUUCUAACAAAGCAAGGGGCAGGAGGAUAAGUGGAAGGACCAAGGAGAAUUCAUUUUUGCCCAUUUAUCUUUGCUGGGUUCUCAAACCAACCUCGGAUGAACCAGAAAUCGUUUCUUGCUGGGAUGGAUCCUGGAAUCCAUGCAGCUCUGCUGCUGGGUUGAUUAAUUCCUGCUCACAGAGCCUAAUCCAGGCUGUGCUCCAUGGGUGGGGGGUCAUUAGCUGUGUCUGUUUUAUCUGUCUUGGUGUAUAGGAACUGCAUCUGCUCUGUUUCUCUUGCUGGGCUUAAAUCUUUAGUGGCUUGGAGUUGCAAUGUGGAAAGAACUGCGUGGUCCUUUAGGUGCUUUAUUUUUAAUAUUAGUGUAUUCUUACCUUCAUUGUGGCUUCCAGUUUCACUGAAGGUAAGGGUGAGCAUCCACUCACCCUUCCACUCACUGGUCAUUAUCAGUUCAUUGGCAUCUUUGUAGCAUGAUAUCAGUAAGGUAUUGAAAGAAUGGUAGGCUUAUGUUAAAUAGAGUCACUUUCCCCUUUUUUGCCCCUUUUCUUUUCCCACUUGGCCCCCUCUUUCAGGUACAUUAUGGUACUUGCCUUCAAAGAUUGUAUUUAACACCACUGGUGUUUAAGGCUUCCCCCCCACCACCACUUCAAGGCAAGUAUUCUUCCAGGUAUGUGACUACAAACAAUGCAAGGGGAGCAAUCUCAGCAGAGAUCUGCACAUGAUGUUUGUUAUCUCUUUGAAGCUGCCUUUUUCUUAGGACUCUUUUGAUAUUUAGGCAUUUCCUCCCCUCUUUCCCUUUUCUGGUGCAUCUUUGCCAGGAUGACUAAAAGGCCGGUGACAAGCUAGUGUCAAAUUAGUGACCUCAGAAUUAUUUCCUUGGCAACGCGAAUGCGCGUUUGACAUCACAGCAUGAAGAAGCAGUUUAUAAUCUACAGCAAAACCAGCUUAAGGAGGGGUUUCUGUUUUUGUUUUCCACCAUUUAUCUCCUCACCUCUGGCUGUUGGUUCCUGCCCAUGUACUUUAGCUUGCAUCCUCUUCAGAGGUGCUGAUACAAGUGUUUGUGGGCUUUCCUCUGGGAAUGAAAUCACGGAAAUGGUCUGAGUCGACAGUCCUCUUCCAUUCUUUUCUGUCUUAUAGCAGUCACACCCUGCAAACUUUUGUUUUGGUUGCUAAAAGGGAAGCAAACCGUAGGCUUUCCCAGUAUGGGAAUGAGCAGCUGGGGAAAGAGGAAGAGCUUCUGGGAGGUGCUUACCCACCAUGCAGGAAUCACCAAACAACGUGCUGUUUGCACAAAUAGACUCGAGAGUUUCAGCUGUGAAGCUGGUCUCUUCUUCCCACUGUACCACGCAUUGAUGCAAAGCUCUUUAUUGCAUUAGCUGCGCAAAAAAUCUGUUGCUUCUGUAAAUGGUGUCGUCUUCGGCUGUUCUUUCUGCUUCCACAGUCAUUUCCAUCUUAAGAGGAGAGUAUCUUUCUUAAUUACGCUUGAUAUUGUGUAAGGAAGUCGUGUUUCAUCAUGUCAGAUUGUGGUCCAGGUUUUGUUCUGGCUGAGCUGGUACAAAUCUCACACAUCCUUGCCAACGUUGGUGCAGUGUCUUUAGUGGGGGAAGUCAGUUUGCAGCAAGUAGCGGGAGCAGAGUAUCAGUCACUGCAGAGAGGUUGUACCAGUGGAGCUGAACUAAUAGUGAGGACUCUCAGAGAGCCCAGACUUCCCUUAAGAGGGGUAUAUUUAUAUUAAAAGCCAACUCAAUGCUGCAACAGCACGUUUCCAAGAAAGCUGCCAUAUUGCGAGCGAAGAUGGACUGUGAAGGGGCUUUGUGGCAUAUACACAUUUGGUACAGGCUCCGCCAGCGGCUGUCGCCAGUUCCAAUAGUCCAUUUGUUUUUAGAUUUCUGAAGUUACAGCUUCUCCAGGGAGCAGCACGUAAAACAGGACGACCCGUAGAAAGCCAGAACUGCAGCCAAAAGACACCUCCUUUUUGUGUCUGCGUGUUGCAGCUGUCUAUCUCUUGGCAGCAGGCAGCGUGGUGUAGAAUGUGAUGUUUCAGCGCUGAAGCAUGAAAGAGCGAAUUAAGGAGUUCAGGACUUAAAAUGGUUUUCUUCUCCGGGGGAUUUCAGUCUUCAUCAUCGCUUAAUUAUUUGGAGGCUGUUUGCAGAGGUGUUUAUUUCUUUCAGUAAUUCUUUAUACUCAAAACAUGAGAAACUGAGACAGGUCACUAACUCUUUUCUCAGUUAUUCUACAGUUUAGUAAUCAGAUGAAUUAUAGUCAGUUGUAUUGAUACCCAGCUGGGAGGAAACCUGAAAAAGAGGAUGUGUGUAUUUCUUCAGGGGAAGAGAGGAGGAAAGAGGAGGCUGAAUGCUUUAUCAGUGAAACAGGCUUGUGUAUAAGCCAAAUGUUGUUUUGGUUUAGGAAUGUCAUCGCAGGUAAUAUCAUUUCAGUAGUGUUUAAACUGGUUCUGUACAAACUGGAUGGCAUCAUAAUGCCUUUAACCUCCCUUGGUGACAGAGGAGCCGUGACACUGGGAACACUUGUGUUCCAGGGUAUGAAGGUGUACAGCAGAAUGGCACAGGAGAGGUGAGAUGACCCACUGCAAGGUGUCCAGUGCUAGAGGGUGCUACUGAAGAAGAGGCUGAAGAGCCUGAUGCUACUAAACCUACUACACUAAGUGAGGAGACCAGCAAGCAAGAAGAGAGCCUCAGUCAAUCAGGGGAUAGCAAUGAAGAGAAGCAGCUGGAAACUUUAAACAGUUACAAGGUGACACCAAGUUCACCGAGCAGUUCGGACGGAGCAGAUUUGUCCUCCAUUGAUGCCAUGAUGUCAGCAGUAAUGAAUGUGGGGAAGAUAGCUGAAAAUGGGGGGACCUCUCAGACUGUCAAAUCUCCCUCGAAGUCUCCUGCACCAAAUCGGAUUGGUAGGAGGAAUCAGGAAACAAAAGAAGAGAAGUCUUCCUAUACCUGUCCUCUGUGUGAAAAGAUUUGCACUACACAGCAUCAGCUAACUAUGCACAUUCGUCAGCAUAACACUGACACUGGAGGGACAGACCAUUCCUGCAGCAUCUGUGGAAAGUCUCUGAGCUCAGCGAGCUCCCUUGAUCGCCACAUGCUGGUGCACUCAGGUGAAAGGCCUUAUAAAUGUUCAGUGUGUGGACAGUCCUUCACCACCAAUGGAAACAUGCACAGGCACAUGAAGAUUCACGAGAAGGAUCCAAACAGCACAGCAAGUACAACUCCCCCAUCUCCUCUGAAGCGCAAGCGAUUGUCUUCGAAGCGGAAGUUCAGUCACGAUGCUGAGAUGGACAGAGAGGAAAGGACACCUGCAAAAAAGGUUGUCGAGGAUGGUCAGUAUGGUGAAGGGGAUAGGAAAGAAGAUGACGCUUACCAUUGUCCUGUAUGUUUCAAAGACUUUUUUUGCAAGUAUGCGCUGGAGUCCCACAUGGAGACACAUCCAGAUAACUCACUGAGGUGUGACAUCUGUUGUAUUACCUUUCGUACUCAUCGGGGCUUACUGCGCCAUAAUGCAGUUAUCCAUAAGCAGCUUCCCAGAGAUCCCACUGGAAAGCCUUUCAUUCAGAACAACCCUUCAAUUCCAGCAGGCUUCCACGACUUGGGAUUCACAGACUUCUCCUGUAGGAAGUUCCCCCGCAUUUCUCAGGUCUGGUGUGAAACAAAUUUGCGAAGGUGCAUCAGUGAAUUCCAUCGGUUUAUUUGCGAGACGUGUAACAAGGCAUUCCCCAUGCUUUUGGCGCUUAAACUGCACACAGAAACUCACGUGAUGGAUCAGGGAAGAGACAAGCACAAGCUACAGUCCGCGUCCCUACCCAGUGAGAACCCAGACCAGAAAGCCUUCAUGGCAUCCUUGGGCCUACAGUACACCAAAGACAUCAAACCUGUCAAGCAGGAAGACGAUACACAAGACGAGGUCCAAGAAUUGCGGCUCAGAGCACUGAAGAGUAACCUACCUCAGGAACCUGGCAGCACUGGCCUGCUCAGCCUCUCUCCUCUGGAAGCUGCCACUAUGGGAGGGUCAUUUUCAGUCCUCCCACCUACAAAGGAGAAUAUAAAGCUCCUCUCGCUGCAGCCUUUCCAGAAGGGUUUUAUCAUCCAGCCUGACAGCAGUAUUGUGGUAAAACCCAUCUCCAAUGAAUCUGCAAUUGAGCUGGCAGACAUUCAGCAGAUCUUGAAGAUGGCUUCUUCCGCUCCUCCUCAAAUCAGUCUUCCUCCACUUUCUAAGGCACCUUCUGUCCCUGUGCAGUCCAUUUUCAAGCAUAUGCCACCACUGAAGCCAAAGCCUUUGGUAACGCCCCGAACAGUUGUUGCAACUUCUACACCUCCUCCUCUUAUCAGUGCCCAGCAAGCCUCCCCCGGCUGCAUUAGCCCAAGCCUCCCACCACCUCCUCUGAGGCUGAUCAAGAACUCGGUGGAGACCUCCUCCAACUCUCACCUCUCCCAGCCAGGAGCCAAAUCAAGUCCUUCCUCACAGUUGCUCCUCCAGCCCAAAGUAGAGCCUUUAACUCAGCACGAGAUGAAGACACAACUGGAGCAGGACAGCAUUAUUGAAGCUCUCCUGCCUCUGAAUAUGGAAGCCAAGAUCAAGCAAGAGGUGACAGAAGGGGACCUCAAAGCCAUCAUUGCGGGGGCAGCAAACAAGAAAGCCCCAACAAUGAGGAAAGUCUUGUACCCCUGUCGUUUCUGUGACCAGGUGUUUGCCUUCUCUGGUGUACUGAGAGCUCAUAUCCGUUCUCACUUGGGUAUUUCCCCAUACCAGUGCAACAUCUGUGACUACAUUGCAGCUGACAAGGCGGCGCUGAUCCGACACCUGCGGACGCACAGUGGGGAGAGGCCUUACAUCUGUAAAAUCUGCCACUACCCUUUCACAGUUAAAGCCAACUGCGAGAGGCAUCUGCGAAAGAAGCACCUCAAAGUGACCAGAAAGGAUAUAGAGAAGAACAUUGAGUACGUCACCAGCAAUGCUGCAGAGAUGGUGGAUGCCUUCUGUUCCCCAGACACUGUGUGCAAGUUGUGUGGCGAGGAUCUAAAGCAUUACCGGGCCCUCCGCAUCCACAUGAGGACGCACAGUGGCUGCCAGAAGAAGAAGCCAUUUGAGUGCAAGGAGUGUGGCACAGCCUUUUCAGCCAAGAGGAACUGCAUUCACCAUAUCCUGAAGCAGCAUUUACACGUGCAGGAAAGGGAGAUUGAGAAUUACAUCUUGGUGGUGGACUGCAGUGCUCAGGAGAGCCACACAGAUGCUCCUUUAUUGGACGACAGCACUUAUAUGGACUGCAAGCCCAUCACUCCUUUCCUAGAGCCACAAAACGGCUUCUUGCUUGGGACACCAUCUCAUGUUCCCAUCAAACUUGAACCUACGGGCAACUUCCCGAUGGAUUUUGAUGAGCCAUUGGAUUUCUCUCAGAAGAGCAAAAACCUGAGUGCUGUGCAAGUGAAGCAGGAGAACCUGCUUGUCUCUUCUCCCCUGUCUUUCUACGACUGUUCCAUGGAGCCCAUUGACCUGUCCAUCCCCAAAGUCCUGAAGAGGGAUAAUGAUAUCCCGGGUGAGGCCAGGAAUCAAGAUCUGGCUUCUUCUGUGAUCAUUGAUAAUGCCUAUAACUGUCAGCAGUGUCCUCUGGGCUUUGGUGCCAAUGGGAACUCAGAGAAAAACAGGGCUGUCGCACAUCCCCAGCCACUGAAGGGUUCGUUGCAUUUGACUGUCCCAAUCAUUUCCCCAGCUCUCCUUGGCAAUUCUGCCUUGCUGAGACCCUUGAGGCCUAAACCACCACCGCAACCUCUCUUGCCAAAGCCUCCAGUAACUAAAGAGCUGCCGCCACUGGCUUCCAUUGCACAGAUCAUUUCAUCUGUGUCUUCUGCUCCUGCUUUGCUGAAAACAGAGGCUGCAGAUGCCAGUCCCAAGGCAGUGAGCAGCUCCACUGGGUGUGACAAAUCAGGGAAUGCCAAAGCAAAAAUGACAAUCGUGACCGCCAUUCAGAGAGACACCAGCCUUCCCAGUGACCUGACUCAGGCCUGUGACCCCGAGCCGUCUCCCGUUGCUGAAACUGGGUUGACUAAGAAAAGAGGUAGAAAGAAAGGAACAAAAAACAAGCCUAAACUGAGCAGUGGUGUGGAUCUGGAGUCAAGCGGGGAGUUUGCCAGCAUAGAGAAGAUGCUGGCUACCACAGACACUAAUAAAUUUAGCCCGUUUCUACAGUCCACUGACAGUUUCAAGGAAGAAAGCGGCCAAAACGGAACAAGUGAGGAUGAAAAGGAAACUGCUGAAGAUAAGCUGCUGAGAGGGAAGAAGAACACUUACUCAGACUGCCCACAAAAAAUCUCCUGUCCUUACUGUCCUCGAGUCUUUUCCUGGGCAAGUUCCCUACAGCGGCACGUGCUAACUCACACAGACAGUCAGGCUGAUGCAGAGGCACCUGCUACAGGGGGUGAAGUCUUGGACCUGACAUCCUGUGAGAAGGAGCAGCCAGAGGAAGUCAGCGAGCUACCGAGGAGUGAGUGCAGCCCCAAGGAGGAGCAAAAGGCUGACACCCCUCCAGCAGAAGAGGAUGCCGAAGAAAAAGCAGAUGAAUAUGAAGAGGGCCCUGAGGAAGAUUCUGUAAGUAACAAAAGUCUUGACCUCAAUUUUGCCAGCAAAUUAAUGGACUUCAAGCUGGCAGAGAGUGACCAGAGCGCAGGCAGCAGUUCUCAGACUGAAAGGAAACAUGCCUGUGAUGUUUGUGGCAAAACCUUCAAGUUUGCUGGCACUCUUAGCCGUCACAAAAAGGCCCACAUUCGUGAGGACAGAAAAGAUGAAAGGAGCAGUGAGGAUGAAAGCAAAAGCAUCCAGGAUGAUGCAGGAGCUCCCUCGAUGCAGGACUCUGGUCUUGAGCAGGAAGAGUCUCCGAUGGACUUGAAGGUAGUGGAGUCUCCUCUGGACUGUGAGGCAACAGGAAAGGAGAAUGAAGAGAGCGAAAGCGUCUCUGAGGGGGAAGGCACAGAGAGAAAGUCCACUGAGAAGAGCAGUGAUGACAAAAUACCAAAGACUGAUGAGGCUAAGAGUACUGCAAAAGCAGACAAAAGAAAGAAAGUCUGUACUGUGUGCAACAAGCGUUUCUGGUCUCUGCAAGAUUUGACACGACAUAUGCGGUCUCAUACAGGCGAGAGACCGUACAAGUGUCAAACCUGUGAACGGACCUUCACUCUGAAGCACAGCCUGGUUCGUCACCAGCGCAUACACCAGAAAGUCAAAAAUACUCGAAACCACGGGAAGGAGAGCGACAAGGAAGAGACCCAGUCCAGGUGCGGGGAAGACAGCGAAAAUGAGUCUAGCCACAGUGGCACCAACCCCAUCUCAGAAAACGAGUGCGACUUUGUGGGGGUUGUUGGCAGCCACCCAUCUGGCACCAGAAGCCAAAAGGAGUCCCCGGUCAGCGUGGCCAAGGACUUGCCCUGCGAAGAGGAGAGGCCAAGCGGGCAAGGAGCUGGUGCCAGCCUCGUGGAGCCCGCCAAGAACGUGCAGAAGCAUCCCGCAAAAGACCAGGAGCCUCGGGGUAGCUCCGAGCUAGAGAGACCAUCAGGUUUCAUUCAAGACUUGCUGGAGAUGCACAACAAAAAGUCUCCCAUGAAUCACAUUCUUGCCUCUGCAGACAGCACGCCUCAGCUCUUGGGGGUAGAAUGACUUGCGAGGAGGCUGGGCCCAUCCCAGCACACAAACUGAAGCCAGCAGAGCAAGGUUUCCAGGGUCUCGUUUCAGAAGAGUGACCUACAGCUGUGGGGAGAGUAUGGCAGACUGGAUGCAGUGCCAUAUGCCUUUCAGUAUAAUAAUGCAAGAGACUACAGUAUAUACUGAUUUGAGUGCCUUACUACUUUAUUAGAUCUUUUGGUAUCAUAGAUUUUUUUUUUUUCAAAAAUGAUUUUUUUUUUUUUUAAUAUUUUAAUGAAUUAUUUGGAGAGGACCUUUUUCAUUUAAGCAUUAAUGUUACCUUUUGUAUUGGUGUGUGUGAGCUUGGUCUUGUAUAUCUGAUAGUCUCUGUGUUUGUUCUCUGAGCUGGAAACGGGGCAGUGGGGUGGGAGGCCCUUGGAUACCACAGCCAAUAACUGGAAGCAAUUUAUGUGAAUUUCAUACGGAACAGUCAGAGGAAACGCAGACGAGAUGUCAAUCGUUUUCUCGGUAGAUGUUCUCGCAUUUGCCACACGGUGGAGCAUUAAGCCUGUUCUAGGCAUUAGCAGCGUGGCAGCCGAAGGUGUUCAAAGUGGUUGGAGGCAAAAGCAGGAAGCGCAAAGAAUUUCAUUCAACCUCAUACUUGUUUCCACUUUUCAGCGUUAGAAAUGGUGUUCUAGAUACUAGGGUUUUUCUUCUAGCCGUCGUGGACUGAGUUCGUAUACAGAGAAGAGUUACAAAGCAACGUAACCUAUGAAAAUUACGCACCCGCUGUUAUAUAUGUUUGAUUUGCUUCAGUAUAUUAUUAUUAUUAUUUUAUAAUUAUUUUAUAAAUUCAUCAGUUUGCUUGUCUCUGCAGUCAGCAGAAACCAAUGGGCAAUAUUUGCCCACGCAGACGUGUAACGCAGCUUGGAUCCCCUCUUUUACAUGUUUUGACUUCAAGCUUUCACCAACUCCACCUCCUAUGUUGCAGCUCUUCUACUGUACUUUAAUCAAAACCCUUCCUCUGACCGGAGCGAGGUGACUCAGUCUUCCAGUCGAAAGCGCGAGCAAGAGAGAAAUGCGAGCCUUACCGUCAUCUUGCUACUUACCGUCAUGUUCUGGAGCAAGAAAAUACUACUGGUGAUAAAACUUACGGAUAUAAGACAUGUUAAAAAUAAAUUAAGUAAUUAAAUUAAAAAAGAAAAAAAAACAAAAAAAAAAGGAAAAAAACAAAAAACAAAACACACACAAAAAAAAUAUAUAGAGAGAAAUUCUUCCUGAGAUUUUGGGGUUGAUGCUUGAAGACUUGAGGUGUGCGUCUAAAUUUCAUAUCAGUAAUUUAACCCCUUUAAUGCUGGGAGCUGGAAUUUCUCCGGAUGGCUCCUGUUGCCGGCAACAGGUGCGGCUCCAGCCGCCAAUGUUGAAGGGGUUAAACGAAAUGUCUCCUACUGUAGCUGCGCGCUUUUAGGAGCGGGUGGCAUUUUUGUUGUUGUUGUUCUUGUUGUUGUUGUUUGUUAAUUGUCCUUCAGUCAUGACCUCUGGGACAGACAGAGCCAUAAUAGCGAUGCCGGAGCCUCACUGUGCUAUGCCACCACUCAGCCCCAAACCCGCACUGUGAUCUCCCCGCCCCGCAGAUCCGCUUUUCCCGCUUUCAUCAGACAUGGAGGACGUGGGCCUCGGACCCAUGCUAUAUUAUAUAAUAUAUAUCUAUAUAUAGCUAUAUCUAUAUUAAAAAAAAAUUCUCCGAAAGUUUCUGGAGACUGAAAUGUAACUGUCUGGAAUUCAAAGGAAGAGAAACUUUCUUAAGUAAUAUUCUUGCAGAUAGAAUAAGAAGAGAAUGGUUGAGGUAUAUGUGAUUUUUAUUUUUCGCUUUGUCGUUUGUUGUUGUGUUAUUUUUUUGUUAAGUAGGGAUGUUUGAACCAGUUCAGAAACGAAGCUAACGCCAGAGAGAGUCACUCAGAACCAAUGAUUCACUAAAUUCACUACCCAGGUGCAUUCUACUUAAUUAAAACCAGUUCACACAUCCCUUAAAUCGUUAUUACUAUUAUAAUUAUAAUAAUAAUUAUUAUUAUUAUUUGGGGUAUUUUUUUGUUGUUCUUGUUGUUUGUUGGGAUUUAUUUUUAUUUUUGUUUUUUGGGUUUUUUUUUUUUUUUUUUUUGUAAUUUGUUUUUUUGUUUCUGCAACUCUCCACACUAAACCGCGCAAUACUGUGGGGGAGAAGCCAUUACUAAACUAUAUGCUGCAGAAUGAUGUAGCACGUAAUGAAUUCCCAGCAGCCUGCCGGGACAUCUGCUAGCAAUAAUCACUAUUGAGUUAAAGCUUUAUUUAGCCUUUAUCUGUAUCCUAGUAGAGUAUAAGGUCUUGCCACAUCUUAUUGACAUUUUUAUUAGUUGAGUUUGACUGAAAACCGUUGCCGUUGUUGGGUUAUUUUUUUUUUGUUGUUGUUGUCGUUGUUUUCCCUCCUCCCCCCCAAUAUUAAACUGUGAAAUUUAUAAUGUGUUUAAACUAUGGGUGAAUCUUAGGCUUUAGGUUGCAUGUUCAGCUCAUUUGUCUCUAUACGAUUUUUGUUUGGAUCUUUUUUUUUAUUUUUUAGUUGUUCGGGGUUUUUUGUUUUGUUUUUUUUUCCUCUCUCAGGGCUUUUACAAACAAACAAACAAAACAAACAGAAAAGGAUCUUCUGAAAUUCUUUUUGCCUGAGUUGCAAUGGACUUCUAACGCGGAGAUGAUUCAAUCACUACAUUGAGCACUUGACUGUGAAAGCGCUAAAGGAAAUAAGGAAAAAAAAAAAAAGAAAAAAAAAGAAAAAACAUUAAAAAUAUAUAUAUAAUAAUAAUUAAAAGCAAAAAAGCCAACAAACCCCACCUUGUUGGAGGCAAUUCUGAAACAACUCUUCGGGGCUGUACGUGAGACUGAUUCUAUUUUCAGAAUGAUUCGCAGUUUUCUCUCUCCUCUGUGUGUCUCCUUUCUCUCUUCUCUCCCCACAAAGGAAGGUUAAUCCUAGUGAUUUCAUCCCACGCAGGAAACAGUAAUAAAUAUGUAGAAUUCAUAUUUUUCUAAAGGGAACUUAAACUGCUGCUACGAAUUGUGUACAAGACUGGUUUAUGCCACAUGAACAGAGAAUCACACGUUUGUUUUGGUACUUUUAUUCCUCUUUUUAUUCAGUUGUACAGUACUUCCAAAUUCAAAAUAAAAGUUGUUCUGUAUCAAACCAUCUAAGCAAUAAAAUGUUAUAUUUAAAAAUUAGA